AUGGACACUGCAAAGAGCUUCACUCUUAAAGGAGCUACUGAUGUCCGUGAGAGGAAAGGAAGAACUGGCCGCUACACACUCAUUGAGAAAUGGAGGGAGACGGAGCGACACCUAGCGCCGCAUGAGAAUCCACUUGCAGCCCUGAAUAAAUGGGGCCAGUACGCCAGUGAUGUGCAGCUGAUAUUACGACGAACUGGCCCUUCGCUGAGCGAGAGACCCACAUCAGACAGCUCUGGCCGAGGACCCGAGAGGACUUUAUACCGGCAAAGCCUUCCCCCGUUAGCUAAGCUGAGACCCCAAUAUGAUGGAUCAUUAAAAAGGAAAGAACCAAAAAGGAAGUCAUUGACUUUCACAGCAGGCCCGAAAGGGUUCGUUGAUGUUUUUGGAAAGGUCAAGGAAUCGGAAGUCAAGCACCAAACUCUCAACUUCAGAGUCCCAGUCAAAGAGUUGAAGAAGCUGGUUCUCCUCCAAAAGGACAAGCUCCACACUCUUCAGAGCCAGCUGGAAUCCAAUCAGGUGGAGAUGAGGUACUGGGAGGGCAAGGCAAACCCCAGGAUUGACGAGGAAAUUCUGAGACUGGGCCAAAGAAUCAAAAAGAAUGAAAUUGAGAUCGAAGAGGAGGAAUUCUGGGAGAAUGAGUGGCAGAUUGAACAGGAAAACGAAAACCAGCUGAAGGAGCAGCUGAAAGAGGUGAAGCAGAGGAUCAGGGACUGUGAGGACAAGCUGAAGGACUACACGCAGAAAAUCCAGGAGAUGGAGAGCGGCAUUGAAGCAGAGAAGCUGCAGCAAGAGCUGCGCGGGGCUCAUGUCAAUGAGGAUGAGGUCACGGGGAACUUGAUCAAAAUCCGAAAUGAUAUUGAGCUCAAGUGCCAACAGAGUGCGAGGCUGAAGAACAGCCUGAGAGCUGUGGAAAGGACUUUGGGCCAAGCCAAUAAAAAGUUUCAGGAGAGAGAACUAGAGUUGGAGCAACUGACCAAGGAGCUAAGGCAAGUGAACCUCCAACAGUUCAUCCAACAGACAGGGACUAAGGUCUCAGUACUUCCUGCUGAACCAACUGAUGACGAACUGCCUGCAUCCCAAGAGAAAGGUGAUGUUCUUUUUGCGGCUUAG